AUGCCACCUAUCCGCGAUAAGUUCACAAUCCAUUCAAGAGCGGUGGUCUGCCAAGAUGUAGAGUUAAAGGGAGACAUCACCAUCGGGCCAGGCACAGUCGUACACCCCAAAGCCACCAUUUUCGCAAUAGCUGGUCCCAUCGUAAUUGGUUCAGGCUGUAUCAUCGAAGAGGCCGCUAUAAUAGUCAAUCGCCGCAAAGAAGUGAUGAGAGUUGGUGACAACAAUUUGUUCGAGAUUGGCUGUCGCGUCGAAUGUCCAUCCGUUGGUAACUUCAACACUAUAUCUACGCGUGCACGCGUCCACCAUACUGUUCGAAUAUCAAAUUACUGCGUCAUUGGUGCUGCAUGCCUCGUAGUUCCCACAGACGACGAGACCCUCGACGACUACACGUCCAUCUUCGGACCCGCUGCAGAAAGAAGGAUUUGGAGUGGAAGGGGACGGAUUCAAGAGGCUGAUUUGAGAUUGAAACAUGCAGAGUAUCUUCGUGAGAUGCUACCAAAGUUCAAUCGACUACGAAGGGGAGAUGGUGCUUAA